CCCUUGCCCCGGCCCGACCCGGCUUCUCCUGCCCUGGCCUGGGCGUGAAAGCAUUUGAACCCCAGCGACGGCAUUGCAGAGCAUACUGAUCUUCUGUGUGUGCUCCAUCGCUGUCUCCCAGCCUCUAGUCCCUCCUCGCAGGGCUUUCUGGAAUCAGGUUUUCUGUGAACAAUGGCAGAAACUCCUCGAUGCCCCUCCGUGGUGAGCAAGAUGGGUGGAUCUUCAUACCUGGCGUCCAGGUUGGCGCCUAGCCGGCCGAUGUACUCUGCUCCGGAGUACAGCAGCCCUUGCGGGUUCGGCGCUAUGUGCCCGAUGAACGUGAUGGGUGCAAGGAACAUGUCUCAGGAUGUGUUCGUGCCGGCCGCGAGCGAGAAGACAUUCACUGCGUUCAUGACGGACUUUCUGAUGGGAGGUGUGUCGGCCGCGGUGUCGAAGACGGCGGCGGCGCCCAUCGAGCGGGUGAAGCUGCUGAUCCAGAACCAGGACGAGAUGUUGAAGUCGGGGCGUCUGUCGCAUCCAUACAAGGGGAUCGGCGAGUGCUUCGGGCGGACGAUCAAGGACGAGGGAGUGAUGUCGUUGUGGAGGGGAAACACGGCGAACGUGAUCAGAUACUUUCCGACGCAGGCGCUGAACUUCGCGUUCAAGGAUUACUUCAAGUCGCUGUUCGGGUACAAGAAGGACAAGGACGGAUACUGGAAGUGGUUCGCGGGUAACUUGGCGUCGGGAGGUGCGGCGGGAGCGUCGUCGCUGCUGUUCGUGUACUCUUUGGACUACGCGCGGACGCGGCUGGCGAACGACGCGAAGUCGUCGAAGAAGGGAGGAGGUGAGAGGCAGUUCAACGGGCUGGUGGACGUGUACAAGAAGACGCUGGCGACGGACGGAAUUGCGGGGCUGUACAGAGGGUUCAUGAUAUCGUGCGCGGGCAUCAUCGUGUACAGGGGCCUGUACUUCGGAAUCUACGAUUCGUUGAAGCCGGUGGUGCUGGUGGGCAGCCUGGAGGGCAACUUUUUGGCGAGUUUCAUGUUGGGAUGGGGAAUCACGAUCGGAGCAGGCCUGGCUUCGUACCCGAUCGACACGGUGAGGCGUAGGAUGAUGAUGACAUCGGGAGAGGCAGUGAAGUACAACGGAUCGAUGGACGCGUUCAGGCAGAUCGUGGCGAAGGAGGGAACGAAGUCGUUGUUCAAGGGUGCGGGUGCGAACAUAUUGCGUGCGGUGGCAGGAGCUGGAGUGUUGUCGGGAUACGAUCAGUUGCAGAUCUUGCUUUUGGGGAAGGCGUACUCGGGCGGCAGCGGCUAGGUUUGCAUAGCCAGACAAUGAAGAAUUUUAUCAAUGAGUCUUCGCCCUGCUCUGGGACUAGCGUUUCGGAAAGAAAAGAUAAUUGUCUGCCUCGGGGUCUUCGACGUUGCAUUUUUUUCCUCUGGACAGAUGUGCAUGAGUUGAUGUAUUGUUGUUGAGAAGGGAUUGAUGUGGAUUCUUACAGCUAGGUUUCAAUGAUGUAAGUGGUAUUAUGGUGUGUCACAAACCUCCACCUUCAUUUCCUGUAGCCUCUUGCCCAGGAUUUGCCGCAGUUUUCUUUUUGAUUUAGUAACCCAGGUUCCCUUCUGGGCACGCCUAAAUUUUUAGAUUUUUAGAUUCUUUAGAAUGUUCGCUGUUCUUAAGACCAAUAGCGUCCCUACUCACGCUUACAUCUUUACCAGAGUGGACAUGCACAAAUUAUUAGUGCCUGUCGCUUUUGUAUUCCGAGUUGAAAAAUUGAUGUACUCUUUUUGACAAUGUUGU